ACAAGCGUACUUUUGAGUUGAACUUUUAUUUACUUGUGUUGACGAAUUCAAUUGGACAAAAUAAAUGUUAGCCAAUAGCAAUUUUUAAAAUUUCUUGACUGUUAAAUCUAAGGGAUAAAUACGUCAAAAAUACGUGUAAUUGUUGUUACAAUUUUGAAAAAAAUAAUAAUUAUUCAUUUGUUAUAUACGUCAAAUGAACAAAUACGUGAAAUAUUUAUUUUGGACUAUCCCUCUCCAAUCUAAAGAAGCAAGAAUUACGUGGAUGCAAAGCAAACGUACACGAUUGUUUCGCCUGUUUGUUAAUAUUGUGGAUUGACUUUCUAGUGAUACUGUCUUAGUUUAUUAUUUUGCAUGUGAAAAUUAAUAUUUCACGUGAACAUAAGUUAUUUCUACGAACAAUUACCGAGUUUUACUAUUUUGUUAUUUCAAUGGAAUUAAUUUGAAUAAUUUCAACACAAUAUUGUUACUUCGAGAAAGUUGAUAAUAUUUGUAUUUAAUAAAUUUUUUCGAAACAGCAAUAUGGCAGAUGAUAAAAAUGAAGAUACAAAAGAUGAUAACGCUAAGGAAAAUAAAGAUCAGCGACAAACGAUAGCUGCGGAAGAACGUUCGGAAUAUUUUAAAAAAUUAGAGAAAUGGUUACAUGAAGCUUAUGCAUGGCAGAGCAUGGCUGCAAUGUUUCCAUAUUAUUUAAUGUCUGGACAAAUAAUAAAUCCAUCUGGUUUUGAAUAUCGUAUACCUCCAAUAUGGAAGAGAUUUGUAGCGGAGUUUAUAGAUUCGACAAUGUUGUUUCUUUUGAAGUUUUCCAUUACUUUCAUUGCUAUUGAUGUUUUUGAUUUCAUAGAUAUAGAUGAUCUAGACUUGGUACGGGCAAACUUGAGAAUUGAUUAUAAAAUGGCUUUAGAAAUGACAUAUGGUAUAUUAGUAUUAGAAAUAAUUCAUCGUGUGAUAGUAUGCAUUUUUGAGGCAUUUUGGCUUCAACAUGGUAUAAACGGUCGUAUUGGUGGUGCAACACCUGGUAAAUCCAUGAUGGGAUUAAGAGUAGUUCAAUGCCGUAAUGUUACACCUGUUGAUAGACCUGAUGAUCCUGAUGUUGUACUCGUUUCACCAGGGACAGAUUUAGGUUUACCAUUAGCACUUGGAAGAUCGGUUGUGAAGAAUAUGAUUUUAGCAUUUUUGUUCCCUAUAUGCUUUGCCUUAUUUUUCUUCAGGUUUAACAGAACUGUUUAUGACCUACUUUGUAAUUCUAUUGUGGUUGAAGAUCCUUACAGAAACUUAAAUAAUAAUAGACUUCACCAACAAUAAAAGAAAAAGAUCAAAGAAUCAGUUAUAUCUACAUUGUAUAUUGUAUGUGUGCAUGAGCGUAUAUAAUAUGUACAUAUUCAAAUCAAAUAUCGCAACAUUACAAAGUAUUUUUCUAGAUGUACUGCGAAAAAUCCUACAAUAUAUGGACUUUACUAGCUAUUUCAGUAACAAUACUAUCUGGAGGCUUAUUAUUUUGAAAUUGUAUAGAUUUUAUUCAAUGCAGUUACUAAUAAACCAUUUUAUAACUUA